CCUCUCAUUUCCCCCAUCAUCGUCGUCGGCGUCUUCUUCAUAACGUCAGUCAGGCAACACCAAGCAGAGGACUGACCUUGGCUAGGGUUUAUUCCUGCAAACAAAAACCCCCUUCCAUUUCUUUCCCAUGGCUCGGCAACUUAGACCCAAGUAUCGGACGUUGUCCAACCCUUCUCUCGUCCACUUCUUCUCCACCUCCCGAGACCCCUCCACCACCCCCAAUCCUCCUCCCGACGAAUCCUCCUCCACCACCUCACAACCCUCUCAGUCUCAGUCCUCCACCUCUUCAUACUUCAGCGACAUCAAGGCUAAGCUCAGACAGCAGCAGCAGCAGCAGCAUUCCCAACAGCUUAGAAGACCCAGCACCCAGUUCUCCGCCUCGGGCCAAGUGCCGCCCCCGAAGGUCUCCCUCGAAGAGAUCCGCAAGAACCUCUCCGAGUACCGCCGCCGCUCCGCCCCUCCCAACCCCGCGGACUCCCCUUCAUCGCAGCCCAUCUCCGUCAAUGAACUCCUCAAGCGGAAUGUGUUCCCCAAGGGAGUCGAGCCCGGGAACGAGCCCGGCCCUCCGAAGCCUGCGGCUCAUCUAUCCUUUGACGCUAUCCGGGAGAGCUUGAAACAGCUGAGGAACAACACCAGUUCGCGAACUGAUAAGCGGGGUGGGGACCCGUUGUCGCUCUCGAGCCUUAAGGACUCUCUCAAGCUCAAGCCUGGUGGGCUGACACCUAGCCCAGGUUCGACUGCGAUCGGAGGGACGGACAGAUUGCCGCUCUCGGUGUUCGGGAAGGAGAUGAAGGAGCGGAAGUCAAAAGAGAGUGGUGGUGGGACGGGCUUCGCGUUGAAGACUGAGUUCUUGAAGAUGUAUAACUAUGAAGAUUUGGGGGAAAGGUUGAGGCAGUUGAGGCCCGAAGGCUUGGAUAAAGGGAAGGUCGGGUUCUCUCUGGAGGAGCUGAAUGAGAGGUUGGGGAAGUUAAGGGAGAUGGAGGAGCAAGAGACUGAUGAGAGGAUGGCCGGGUUCGGCUAUAGGGAGCUGAGGGAAAGUUUGCAAAAGCUGAAGAUGUCUGAAGAGGAGAAGACCAAGCAGACAGCAAGUGAGUUCCAGCGACUCAAUAUACUGGAACAGGCGUCACGAACUCCAGACUACAUGUCACACCCUCCAAAGGAGCAAUUACUUGAACAGUACUUCCAUCUGGAUAACAUGUCUUCUGAAGAGAAAAUGAAACUCGAGCUUGCAAAAGUCAGAGAAGAGUUUAAAAUGUCAGAAUCAGACUGUGGAUCAGCACGUGUCCAAGUUGCACAGCUGACAACUAAGAUCAAGCAUCUAUCUUCUGUCCUGCACAAGAAGGACAAGCAUUCUCGGAAAGGUCUUGAAGAGAUGGUGCAAAGGAGAAAGAAAUUGUUGAAGUACCUAAGAAGAACAGACUGGGAUUCGUACUGCUUGGUUCUUUCUAGAUUAGGUCUCCGAGACAACCCAGAUUUGAAGCGCUAGGCAGUAGCUUCUGAUACAAAUUCAACAGUGUUGGAACUUCAUCUUGUGAUUUCAUACCAGAGGCUGUUACCAUUUUUUGUCCGGACGAAUCGAAUAAAUGCUCUUCUUUAAUCUUCCGCGUUCCAUUUCAUCUCUGCUGUUCCUAAUGGGAAGUUGCCUUAUUUGGACA